GAACAGUGUAUCGAAAUAAAGGCGUGGAGUAGGAAACACAAUGGAAAUCCUGGUGGAAAUAAGCUUCGUAAAAUUUUCCGAUACUCACAGUGGCGAUGUAACACGCGUGAGGUAUAUAAUGUGUGCUCCUUUGUUGCACUAUUCCUCAACCCGAAGACCAUACUUUGAUUCUACUGCCACUGAUCCAGCCGUCAGCAACAUAUCCACGUUACCCAGCAACCAGAGCGUCGCACAUAAGCAGUCGAAAUACAGCUACUAUAUCCGAUCAUGAAGUGUCAACUUCUCUCCACCUCUCUCCUCGUGAGCCUCGUCCUCGCUGCACCAGUCACAGAGCCAACCAAUAUCGUACAGCGAGCUGACAAGCAACCCUGUUCAUCAGAGCCUCGCCCAACUCUAGAAGAUUUCCACAAGGCAGCAACGAAAUGGUGCAACGACCACAUCCGCGCCGACGCUCCCAAUCUUCCUCUCCUCCCCAAACCCAUAAUCGACCCUAAGAACAAGCCCAUCAUGCCACCUCUCACCGCCGAUUACACCUUCAAGCUGCCCAAUUCCGACAAAAAGAAGCCUGAGAUCUCUCUCGCUGUGACUUUUGAGAUUCACGGAUUUGCGCCUAUUCAGCGUGAUGAUUGUUACCUUGGGUUUGGCAUGCCGAACGGCUGGAACAAUGGGCGAAACAACGAUGGGAAGGAGCAGGAGCAGGAACAAAUUGGUAAUGGUAAUGUAUGUACCGGACCAGGUGGAAAGAUGCUGGUUCAGGGUUGGGAUCAGUCGGUGGGUUGGAAUAAUUAUGGUGUUAUCUUCAAGUGAAAGUGGGAAUAUUUCGUCUCAUAGUAGUCACAGAUGUGGAAAAGAGGGUG